AUGGCGCAGCACUCGAUCCAGUACUCGGAGAAGUAUUACGACGAUGUCUACGAGUACAGGCGAGGCCUGCGCCGCUGCCGUGCUGUUGAGAAGGCGCUACAUGAAUUGUUGAUGGUAUCACGAUCGCGGGCGACGCUGAACGGGCCCUGGCACGUGGUGCUGCCCCCGGAGAUAGCCAACCAUUUGCCAAAGAACAGGCUGCUUGAAGAGAACGAGUGGAGGGCCCUGGGCGUGCAGCAGUCGCGAGGCUGGGUGCACUACGCCGUCCACCGCCCCGAGCCGCACAUCAUGCUGUUCAGGCGCCCCAAGGGCUAUGGGCAGCCGCAAAUGAACGUGCAGCAGCCGCACCAGGCCCUUGUUGGCGCGCAGUAG